GACGUCUUCACAGCACCCACCCUCUUCACCCCCUCCAUUAACCCUAUAAAAAACGCCAAUUACGUCCAAGUUAAUGGAUCGCCCACGAUGACGUCAUCCCUAUCGAGCGCUCCAGCAUAUCUAUCCAGGAGACCAAACUCUCUCGAAGGCAUCAUACCAACUACCACCAACAGCAACCAAAUCGGCAGUCCAAUGAACGCUAGCUGCAGCAUCAGUAGCAGCAGCGGCAGUGGUAGCAGUAGAGGUAGCUUCAUACGCAACAAUAGGUGUGGCAUUAGUAGUAGCAGCGGUAGUAGUGAUGGUGGAUGCAGUAGUUCGAAGAGAGCCAGGAUUUCAACGCCAGAUAGUUCCACGAUAAUCGAAAGGGUUCUUCUCUACGCCAAGCAUGAGAAGGAGGAGAUUUUUAGCGCGCUCAUGCUUUACCCGCCAAAUUUGGAUAACCUCAUUAAUGCUAUCUGUGCCAAGUUCUCCUACAGCGUUCCUUCUAUUGCUAACGUUUACAAGAAAUCUAAAAACAACAUGACUGUGAAAAUGGAUGACAUCGUCGUACAGAAUUUAUCAAACGAGUCAGCUUACACCAUCAAGUUUGACGUCAUCAACAACAACAACAACAACACCAACAACAACAACAUCAACAACAACAACAGCUACAUUAACAACAACGAUAAUUCCGAUGGUAAUUACUGUCGCGACGACCACACUGAAAAUGACGGCGCGAAUUUCAACGUGACAUUAAUUGAAUUGUGAUUGCAUUGACGUAGCAACAAUAACAACAACAACAUUAAUAAUAGUAAUAAUAAUAAUAAUAAAAUAAUAAUAAUAACGUUAAUAACGGUAAUAACAAUCUAAAUAUUUGUGGAACUUGAGAAACGAACGAACAUUUAUAGUUAAUAACUUUUUCAAGGGAUUUAAAAACAAUUUGGUCUAUAUAAAAUAAUAAUAAUAA